UACAUAUCAGCAGCAGAACAUUGAUGAUUUAUCUUGAUGUUACUCGUUGAAUUGAGGCUUCCAUUGCACCAUGACAAGCUACACUGAUAAAGGGGAAAAGCAUGAAAGGGGACGAUUUGUGCGGUUUCAUCAUAUAACCUUCUGGGUCGGCAAUGCCAAGCAGGCGGCAUCCUUCUACUGUGACAAGAUGGGCUUCGAGCCUUUGGCCUACAAGGGCUUGGAGACUGGCAGCCGAGAGCUUGUCUCGCAUGUCAUCAGACAAGACAAGAUUAUAUUUGCAUUUGAAUCUGCACUCAAUCCUGGAUAUGAAGAGAUGGGGGAGCACUUAAUGAAGCAUGGAGAUGGAGCCAAAGACAUUGCGUUCCAGGUGGAGGACUGCGACUUCUUAAUUAAGACCGCCAAGCAGCGAGGAGCUGUCAUCGUGAAGGAUCCCUGGGUAGAGGAAGAUAUCCAUGGGAGGGUCAAGUAUGCUGUGGUGCAGACGUAUGGAGAUACCACGCACACGUUCAUUGAGUACCUGGGGCCCUACAAAGGUCUUUUCCUACCAGGUUACAAAGAACCUCUGUUUCGAGAUCCACUCUUAGCCAAACUUCCACAAGCUGGUUUGAGAUUUAUCGAUCACGUAGUGGGAAACCAGCCAGAUGACCAAAUGGUGCCAAUAUCAGACUGGUAUCAGAAGUGCUUGAUGUUCCAUCGGUUCUGGUCCAUAGAUGACAAGCAAAUCCAUACCCAGUACAGUGCACUCAGGUCCAUUGUAGUGACCAACUACGAAGAAACCAUUAAGAUGCCCAUCAAUGAACCCGCAAUAGGGAAAAAGAAGUCGCAAAUACAGGAAUAUGUGGACUACAAUGGCGGAGCAGGCGUUCAACAUAUUGCCCUAAACACAUCAAACAUCAUUCAAGCUAUUGUGAACCUGCGUGCCCGAGGGAUGGACUUCCUCUCAACACCUGACACCUACUAUGACACCCUAAGGGAGAAGCUCAAAACCGCCAAGAUAAAAGUGAAGGAGGACCUUAACCGUUUACAGGAAUUGAAAAUCUUAGUCGACUUUGAUGACAAAGGCUACCUCCUCCAAAUCUUCACCAAACCUGUGCAGGAUAGACCCACUCUCUUCUUGGAAGUCAUCCAGAGAAACAACCACUUUGGCUUUGGGGCAGGUAACUUUAAGUCCCUCUUUGAGGCCAUCGAGAAGGACCAAGACGCCAGAGGUAACCUGACCGUGCUGACCCCUGAGGGCCAAACCCAGGCUUUCUACUGAUCUUCUCUCGUCUCAAAGGCAAUCAACGACAACUUCCAUAAAGUCAUAUAGAGUGCUAGCGUGUUUGGAGUGAGCGUUUACCAAAAUAGUCACAGAAAAACAUGAGAAAGGAAUAUUUUGAUACACACAAUAUCUUGUUUUUAACAACAUUUAAGGUCCUAUAGAUGUGGCACAUCCCGCAUUUAUCUCUUGGAUAAUGUUGUCCUCUACAAAAUGUGUAAAUGACUUAGCUAUGUCAGAUUUGAAUUAAAAAUAAUGACGGCUGCUUCAA